AUGCAACGCUACGCCCGCGCACGUCAUUCAGUUCUAUUCGAUUCUGGCGCGGAACUCUUGUCGCCGGACGUUGUACCGGUAGACAACAAGCGAUGGGAUGUGGCAUUUGCGGAGUACAGUGCAGUCGUAAGGCGAUGGGAUCAGACACCAUGGUGGGAUACCAACACCCUCAGAAAGUUGAGCCCCCAGAUGGCCGAUCUGAUGCGCGCGGUGGGAGACGCGCACGGGAGCCCCGACUACCGAGUGCGGUGGCAUAAGGGCGCCGACUCAUGGACGCGCGCGUGGAGGCACAAGAAUCCCACUCUCCUGACCCAAUUCAAGAUCGGUCUGGGGAUGGUGAUUGGAGGACCCUGUCUUGUGGUAGCGGUCCCUUUGCUCGGCGCGGUCGCGAUGUUGUACGGUAUCUUCGAGAUACUGCGAGGCGUUCGUCUCGGAUUUUGCGCCGGCCGGUGGAGCAGGGGCUUCGCGGGUGGGAGCCUGACCGCUGAGUCCGUCUUACAAGGAGGCGCGGGGAUCGCAUUAUGUGGGAUACUCUGCUGGGUAUCUGGAAGUGUCGUGUGGAAGACCAUGAAGUUCGGCAUGAUAGCGGGUAUGUCAACAAUUCUUUGGGUAUUCUUGCAAUGGGCAACACUUUUUCUGAAUCCCGACGCGAACAUCCCAAGUUUUGGGAACAUGGUUGCUUGA